AGUAGAGGUGAGGGCUGUUUCGAGCUGUAGGGAAGACGCGAGGGGAGUGUUGGAGCGGUUUUGUGUUUGUUGGAAGCGAGCUCUAAACUUAAUAAGCGACACAGAGAGAGACAGUGGGUGUUUCAGCUCCGCACACCGGGGAGAAAUAUGAUUCAGCGAUGAAAAGUAGGCAUGGCUGUUGUAUCCUUGACUUCGAGUGUGACUUUGGUCCAAGAGCUAACUUCUAGAGAAGGCAGCUGAGGAAGCAACCUCCUCGCUGUGCCGUAAUGACGAGGAGACAAGUGAAAAAGUGACAAGGAAGAGGGAGGAAGAAGAUGGGAGCCAAUGUUUCCAGCUACCCACACUCUUGCUCUCCACGCUUUGGUGGAAACACACAGGCUCAGCAGACCUUCAUUGGAACAUCAUUGUACGCACAGCAGAGUUACACAUGGGAGCCAAAGCUCUACAGCCUGGAGCAUGGCGGCCAUGAACGUGUCCCCGAGCGGAAGAAACGGAGCUCUGGCCUGGCCACCCUCAAGCGCCGCUUCAUCCGCCGCCGCAGGGCCAGCCGCUCAGCCGACCAUGCCCGGCACAUGCGUGAAUUGCUCUCAGGCUGGCACGUAUGUGACGUCAAUGCCCUAGUGGAGGAGUACGAGGGAACAGCUGCCCUCAAAGAGCUAAGUCUGGCCACGAGCCUGGCCCGGCCUGAAGCGGCAACUUUGCGAUAUUGCAUGGCUGCCCUCUUCCAGCACAAGCACUGUGCUGAUGUGGACCUGCUCUUUCAGGACGCCUGCUUUCCUGCCCACCGUGCCAUCUUAGCUGCUCGCUGCCCUUUUUUCAAGAGCUUGCUAUCAUCCACAGGCUCAGCUAAUUUAAGCUACAAUGGACCAGAGGUGCUGCUUGAUGUGGGCACAGCAGGAAUGGAUGUCAUGAUGUUUUCUGCCCUGCUUAAUUAUUUGUACACGGGUGAGCUUGGAGGUGCCAACAGAGAGGCGGAAACGCGCCUGAGGAACGUGGACGUCCUCAGGCAGCUGAGUGAGGAGUUUGGCAUGCCUAAUCCUCUGGAGGAAGACAUGCGGAUGCUGUUUCACUCCAUGUGCUACUACGACUCUGUACUUAGUUUCUGCUCUGAGCCGGAGAGCGUAGAAGCUUGUGAUGCUGUUGGAGGGAUUAGUGGUGGAGGGAUUGCUGGAGUGAGCGUUGUGAAAAGCGAACAGUCGGCAUGUCCAGACGAGGACCUGAGAGCCCACAAGGCUGUGCUCUCAGCACGCUCUCCUUUCUUUCGGAACCUUCUGCAGCGUCGUGUCCGAACUGGUGAAGAGCUAACAGAGCGAACUCUACAAACGCCAACACUCAUUGUCCUGGAUGAGUCAAUUAUUCCGCGGAAGUAUGCUCGCGUCAUCCUGCACUGCAUGUACACUGAUGUUGUAGACCUAGCACUAGUGAUGCGUGGCAGUCCCUCUAUGGGCAGUCUGAGUGAGACACAGUCCCUGGGGACAAGUAACACCGCUGGCAAGGGUAUCAUCCCAGCACGCACAGAGGAAGCCAUGGAGCUCUACCACAUCGCCCUGUUUCUUGAGUUUAGUAUGUUGGCACAAGGUUGUGAGGAUAUCAUUGUGGAAAGCAUCUCUCUGGAGUCACUGAUCUCCAUUCUGAAGUGGAGUUCUCAGCCAUACGGCUCGAAAUGGGUCCACAGACAGGCCAUGCAUUUCCUGUGUGAGGAGUUCAGCCAGGUCAUGACUUCAGAUGUACUCUAUGAGCUCACCAAGGAUCAACUUCUUGUAGCCAUUCAGUCAGACUACCUGCAGGCGAGCGAGCAGGACAUUUUGAAGUAUGUGAUUAAGUGGGGCGAGCACCAGCUCAUUAGGAGGAUGGCUGACCGAGAGCCUAAUCUAUUGAGCGGUACAGCUCAUAGCGUGAAUAAGCGUGGAGUGAAAAGAAGAGAUCUGGAUGUGGAAGAACUAAGGGAGAUUUUGUCUCCUCUUCUGCCUUACAUCCGCAUGGAACACAUUCUCCCAGCCAACAGUGACGUCCUCGCUGACGCAAUGAAGCGUGGCUUGAUCAGCACUCCCCCAUCAGACAUGCUGCCCACAGCAGAGGGAGGCAAAGCAAACGCCUGGCUUAGGCAGAAAAACACUGGCAUUUACGUGCGUCCACGUCUCUUCUCUCCCUACGUGGAGGAGGCAAAGUCAAUUCUAGAGGAGAUGAUGGUGGAACAGACAGAUCUGGUAAGGCUGAGAAUGGUGCGCAUGUCCAAUGUUCCUGACACGCUCUACAUGGUCAAUAACGCCGUGCCCCAGUGCUGUCACAUCAUAAACCACCAGCAAAUCAACAGCACCCAAACAACUGCCCCGUCUGUUGUGGCCAACGAGAUACCAGUGCCCAGCUUGCCAGUGGUUAGAGAGAUGAUUUCCAGGCUACAGGAGCUCAGACACACAGAUCAGGUCCAGAGAGCCUAUGCUCUUAACUGUGGGGAGGGAGCCACAGUAAGUUAUGAGCUUCAGCUCCGUGUUCUCAGAGAGUUUGCCCUGCCAGAUGGAGCCGCUGAGUUGCUGCAGAACCCACACAAAUUCUUUCCAGAGGAGCGUUUUGGAGAUGAGAGUCCUCUCCUUAGCCUGAGAGCAGUUGGCCGUUGCAGAGUGAAUAGCUCUCCUGCUAUGGACACAAUGUUAACAGAAUUGGAGACCCUUGGGAGUCUUAACCCCCCUCUCCCUCCUCCACCUCCACCAUAUCAUUCCAUGUCGACCCAGCACAGAGUAGCAUGGGGCUCCAGGGGGGCAAUGCCACCUCCCUCUCGCUCCUUCUCCUAUCCCUGUAACCACACACUUCUCCAACAGAGAGGUUCCUCCAUGCCCAAACCAAGCAACCCAGCACACCAAGCUCCUGACUACAGCAUGGCGCAGAACAUGGGGAAAACACUCAACACAGAGUCAUGUAGGAAUCUGGAACCUUUGAUUAGGGAUUAUAUGCCAGACAUUGCUCUCGGAGUAUCCACUAUGACUCUGUCAGAGCACAGCAACGCUCAGGACACCACUCUUCAUUCUCUUCCCAACAUGGUCUCUACGAUCCCCCACUACCCACCUGGACCGUGCCCCAGUGGAAGGUAUUCUCUCACACAGCUGUCCCACAAGAGGCACAUCUCCAAACAAAACAUAGAACCUCCAUCUGAAUUUCCAGACCUUUAUGACUUACCCAAUCAAAACAGUCUUGUAUCUAGCCUUCCUCCUCAAGCCACCUACACUGGUCCAGACUUGUACGGACAGCGAAGAGGGCAAUGCAAUAACAUAACCCGCUCAUGUCUCCCUGACACUUUGUCAGUUCACACCCAGGCAAGGCUAGGACAGCCAUCUGACUCCCUUCAUUUGGAUGUGUUGGGUCAAAGGUUGGAUGUGGACCAUACCUCCUCUGUAGGGGGAGCAUUUGUGCCCAGUGGGCGCUCGAUAAAUGACUCGGACCUGACAUGUGGUCUUGGACUUUCUAAAGAAGGUACUGAGUCGUAUGAGGAGCACGGCUCAGUUCCAGAUGGGACUGGGGACAGGAGGGAGGCCUCUGGAGGAGCUGGACAUCACAGGAACGGUAGUGAUGAAACCGGAAUAGGCCGGGAUCACAGGUCCCCCAAUAAGCCAGGGUACCAGUAUAAAAAAUCUGCACUUUAAACCAGAUAAUAAAAAGUCACGAGUUUGGAAAAAGACUGUUAACUAAAGUUCUGUUAACAAGUGUUGAGUUUCAGUGUAUACUUGCAGGUAGCUAUAUCUCACUUCCAUUACAGCUUGUUCGAAAAGGGUUGAGAAAGGGAUCAGUCCUUUCAAAGAAAAAAUUAAUGAGAAAUAUGUAGCAGUUAAGUUUUACAAGGGUUUACUUCAGUAUAUGUAGUAAUGCAGAGGACUUUGUCUCAUCUUUAUUUUAACAGAUUCUCCUUGAUACCAAAAUUCAAGUCUGUGACUGAUAUAUUAAAUGAUGAAGGUAACAUCAAUAAAAUAUGCCAGCCAUUAAAAUGGGAAACAGAUCAGCUCCUAGAUGAAUAUCAGAAAAAUCACUGCCAGUCAAAAAUUUAAACAGCUGCUCAUAAGGUUUUCUCCAUCUUGUUUGAACUAUUUUAUUAUGAUAAUAAUAAAGAAAUCAGUACUAUGUAAUAACAAAAGUAAACAAUGACCAAGAAAAGUGUUAAACAAAUCAAAUGCUUUUUUGUUGUUUUUGCAUUCAAAAUGGCAUUGUUGCACAUUCUUGGCAAUUUCUCAGCUAGUUUCAUGAGGGAGAUUCCCAAAUAAGCUGAGCACCACUUCUCCUAAGCUGAUUCUCUUAAAUGAACAAGUUUGGGGAAAUAUCAUUUUCAUCAAAACAGCUUUUUUAAGGGUCAAAAGAACAUUUUUUAAAAUCAGAACUACAUAUAAUACACAGGCAUUAACUUUCCUAUAUACAUUAUGUUACAAUAAUUAUGCAUUCAAAAUUUUGACUUGUGUAUUUAUCUUUCACCAGCAAGGAACUCCUUUUCCUUUAGGCCUGUAAUCAGUAUAAUUAGAAUUGGUUUUAGAGACCACGAAAUACUAAAGGCAAACGUUUUAUUUAUUUUUUUUCUAAUAUUGGGCUAGAUAAAUAUGAAUAGCUGAUCAUAUAAAAGCAACAAAUUGUUAGUAAGCCCCCUCUCCUUUAACAAACCUUUUUCCCUUUUAAUGUCAUUUAUCUGCAUGUCCUGUACAUGUUUUGUGAGUAGGAAUGGUUCCCCUUUUUACGAUUUUAAACUUUUAUCCAUUGAAACCUGUUUUUUAAGGUAAAAAUUUGUGUACCAUUGAAAAUUUGUAUACAAAUGUUUGUCUCAUUGUACAGCUGCAUACUAUCCCAGAAUGACUGCUCUUACCAUAAGCAUAUGUCACCUCAAAAAAAAAAAAAAAAAAAAAGAGCCAAAAUGUAUUGUUCCAUAUGCUAAAACUAUUUGGUACAAGAAAAUUAACAAAACAUUGGCCAAUAUGAAUGAUCCUAGUAUACUCAAAGUUCAAAGCAUCAGGUUUUGUUAUGCUUAAUAAAUAAAUAUGCGCAUGUUAUAAAAGCACCAGGUAACAACGCAAACAUUGAGCAGGAUUAAUAGAUUUAAAAUUCAAAGCAGUGGCUGUUCAAAAUUUUACAUGCACCUGUACUGGUAAUGUAAUGGCAUAUAGAUAAAAAAAAAAUGUGCUUGUAUACCAUUUCGCACCCUUCUUAAGUACAUAUUUAAAUGACGUAAUGUGUUUUGAAAAUCCACAAUCAAACAAGACUGUUCAAUAUUUACAUUAGCACCAGCCUUGAGAAUGAUUAAUCUGUGUACUGUAGAGAACAUGAUGAACAUGCUUGUGUUCACCUCCUCCUUUUUCACAUCCAGUGCCCUUAGCUGUGGAUUUUGAGUCAGAAACCAAGAAGUGAGUUUAAGACAUUACGUAUUUUCCAUGGAAUUAAUUUGAUGAGCCUGUCAGUCCAACUUUACUGAGCUCAUGGCUGGUGAAUAAUGUACAUUUGUAGAGGCAAGAUUUUGCAGUGUGCACUACCCUUUAGCUCCUCCACUCCAUUUUGUAAUUUUUACAGUGCCACUUAGUGCCAUGAAAUUUUUGUAGCAGUGCACUUUUUUUUGGGGGGGGGGGGUCCUUGUCAUGAGUUUUUCUCCUUUAUGUAAAAUCUAAACAGGAAAUGACUCGCCAGUAUAGCAUUUAAUAUAGAAUACGUUCAUUAGACAGCAUGUUAAUUACUGAUGUAUACAAUGUGUGAAUAGACGAUUUUGUUGCUAUAUUUUCAAUGCUUGAUCCAAAGUGGCACUCCAUAAUCCACAUUUUAUACACAAUAUUUUCUAGGAUUUAUGAAUUACCACAGUCCUUAUUUGGCUGCAUGACUGUCAUCAAGAUUUAACAAGCAAAUGUGUGACAUGGAUAUGGUAUGAAAAUAGUCAUAACUAUAUUUUAUCUGUACUGGGAGGGGGGACCUUGAACCCAGUAAACUGCUGCUAAUGCACUCUAACGUUCUGUUUUGCUGCUCGUCAAUGAUGUACUAUAGUAGCAGAACAAGAGUUUGCAUUUGUAUCCAUUUCACAGUACAUUUGCGAUUUGUAGAUACAUGUUUUCAAAUUGUCUGAGUUAUGAUCUGAGGGCUUCAGGGUUCAUUACUGCUGUUAUCUGUAGAAUACUGCAGAUGACCUGAGUGUGUGCCUUGCGUGUGCAGAGGCCAAGUAUUUUAUUAAGUGAUUUUGGCCUAUGCAAGCCUUCUUGGGAGCGUGUGUAACCAUCUGCCAAUUUCUAAAUGGCCUGUACUGCCUCAUGUACAUCUUUUGAGAAAUAAUAUUUUUAAACUCUUGGGUACCUUUUACUUGGAUUUGUGUUGUGGUUUGAUACGGUUGUUUCUGAUGAAUAUGUUGAUUGUACUUAAACUUUAAUAUAAUUGCAUUUCUUGUAAUGAAUUUUCACCAGUUCUAUUUUUGUACUGUUACCUCAGAGAGGGUAAAUAACAGUGACCAGCUUUGCAAGCUAGAAAGCAUCUUUAAAUAAACUUGCUUCAAUAGUA